AUGGAGGCUUACCGUACCUACACCCCCAUGAAUCCAGAAGCUCCUGAAAACAAGGCAGCUGUGAUCAUAAGCUUUGUAAACCAGUCGGCCGCGGAUAUUAAAAGGAAACUACAAAAAGUAGAUAGGUUGGGAGAGAAGAGUUUACAGGAUUUACUGGCAGUGGCAGAGAAGGUGUACAAUAACCGAGAGUCUCCAGAAGACAGGCAAGCUCGCGUCGUGGCUGCCUCUAGCAGUAGGCAAGCUCGGGACCUGGCUAGGGUCCUGCUGGCUACGACCAUGGACUUCCCCAAGGAGCGAGACCGUCGCUUCCGACAGCUUGGGAGUCAGGGUUCGGACCCCCUCCCCGAGCCCAGGAUAACUCUCAGAGUGGAGGGGACUCCUGUUAACUUCCUUGUUGACACCGGGGCACAACAUUCGGUCCUCCGUACCCCGCAAGGAAAACUGGCGAAUAAAAAGUCCUGGGUGCAAGGAGCAACUGGUAUGAGCCAGUAUUCAUGGACUACCCGAAGGACAGUAGAUUUAGGAACAGGCCAGGUAUCCCACUCUUUCAUGGUAAUACCGGAAUGCCCCUACCCACUAUUAGGACGGGACCUACUGACCAAAAUUGGAGCUCAAAUAACUUUCAGACAAGGGGGGCCUCAGGUCACCGAUGAGGAGGGCCGCCCCAUUCAGGUCCUGACCAUGAGGCUAGAGGAUGAAUAUCGCCUCUACCAGAAGACUUCCCUGGUGGAGGGCAGUAUGGACAAAUGGCUACAAGAAUUCCCAACAGCAUGGGCAGAGACAGGAGGGGUGGGGCUGGCCGCCCACAGGGCCCCAGUCCUAGUAGAACUAAAACCAGGAGAAGGUCCGGUAAGAAUCAAGCAGUACCCUAUGCCUCAGGAGGCACGGAAGGGGAUUCAGCCUCAUAUCAGGAGACUGAAGAGCUUGGGGGUGUUAGUUCCCUGCCAGUCUGCAUGGAACACUCCCCUACUGCCGGUUAAAAAGCCCCAGACAAACGACUACAGGCCAGUACAGGACCUCCGAGAAGUAAAUAAAAGAGUUAUGGACAUACACCCAACAGUCCCAAACCCGUACACUCUCUUGAGCUCCUUGGCACCCUCUAAAGUCUGGUACACGGUAUUAGAUCUGAAAGAUGCCUUCUUCAGUCUACCCCUAGCACCUCAAAGUCAGUCCCUGUUCGCCUUUGAGUGGCAUGACCCAGAGGAGGGCUUCAGUGGACAGCUGACUUGGACACGCCUACCCCAGGGGUUCAAAAACUCGCCCACCAUCUUCGACGAGGCGCUGCACGAGGACCUGGGUGAGUACAGAAGGGAACGCCCCAACCUCACCCUCCUCCAGUACGUAGAUGACAUCUUGAUUGCUGCAGACACAGCCAAGGACUGUGAGCGGGGGACCCAAGAUCUAUUGGCCACCCUGGGGGCCUUAGGGUACCGGGCAUCCGCGAGGAAGGCUCAGUUAUGUCGAGAAAGGGUGAGUUACCUGGGAUACAUCCUGGAGGGCGGGCAGCGGCGGUUAUCGGAUGCCAGGAAAGAGACUGUUUUGAAAAUCCCUACUCCCACCUCCCGAAGAGAAGUAAGGGAAUUCCUAGGAUCGGCCGGCUACUGCUGCCUCUGGAUACCGGGUUUUGCCGAAAUCGCCAGGCCCCUAUAUGAAGCUACCAAAGAGGGAAAGGCGUUUGACUGGACUGAGAAAGAUGAAGCUGCCUUUAGGCAGUUAAAGAAGGCCCUUCUAGGUGCCCCAGCCCUGGGCCUGCCAGAUAUUACAAAGCCCUUUCACCUCUUUGUGGAUGAACACAAAGGGAUAGCGAAAGGGGUCUUGACUCAAGCUUUAGGCCCCUGGAGCCGCCCAGUGGCUUAUUUGUCCAAGAAGUUAGAUCCUGUAGCUGCCGGCUGGCCACCAUGCCUGAGAAUUAUCGCGGCAACAGCGCUCUUAGUCAAAGACGCUGACAAACUGACCCUGGGGCAGGAAAUCUGGAUUACAACCCCACAUGCCAUUGAGGGAGUCCUGAAGCAGCCUCCUGACAGAUGGAUGAGUAACGCUCGUAUAACCCAUUACCAGAGCCUCCUACUCAACCCUCCAAGAGUACGGUUCCACCCCAGUGCGGCCCUCAAUCCCGCUACUUUGCUGCCCGACCCUGACUUAGAUGCCCCACUACACGACUGUGCGGGAAUCCUAGAGCAGGUGCAUGGACUCCGGAAGGACUUGACCGACCAGCCCCUCCCUGAUGCAGAGGCCACCUGGUUCACGGAUGGGAGCAGCUUCGUGCGGGACGGGUGCAGGUACGCGGGUGCAGCGGUGGUCACUGAAACGGACACUGUGUGGGCGGAGGCCCUGCCCUCCGGGACGUCAGCCCAGCGAGCAGAACUCAUCGCCCUUACUAAGGCACUGACGCUGGGGGCUGGAAAGCGGCUUAACGUUUACACAGACAGCCGUUAUGCAUUUGCUACAGCUCAUGUCCACGGAGCAAUCUAUCAGGAGAGAGGGCUGCUGACGGCAGAGGGACGGACAAUAAAAAAUAAGCAAGAGAUUCUCGAUCUGCUUGCAGCCUUAUGGCUUCCUGCCAAGUUAGCCAUAAUCCACUGCCAAGGGCACCAGAAAGCUGAUGACCCGGUGGCAAGAGGUAACCAAAAGGCUGACCAGGCUGCGAAGGCAGUAGCCCUUACCUCGGUCCCUACCAUGGCCUUACAACUCCCAGACCCAGGGGACCCAGUCUUACCAGACCAGCCCAAGUACUCCCAGGAAGAAUUGCAACGCAUCAGAAAGCUCCCCAGAGCCCAUGAAAUAAAGGGAUGGUGGCAUACACCAGAAGGGGAACUCAUACUACCAGACCGGCUCGGGGACACGGUAUUAGAACAUAUGCACCGGUCUACUCACCUGGGGACCCGGAAAAUGAAGGACUUAAUUCGACAUGCUGGGAUCAAGAUUCACCAGCAGGAUACCAAGAUAGAUCAGGUUGUAUCUGCCUGCAAGACCUGUCAACUCACAAACACAAGAGCUGGAUCAAAUGAAAGAGGGACCAGGCUCAGAGGCACCAAACCGGGAGCACAAUGGGAAGUCGACUUCACUGAAAUUAAACCAGGGAAGUAUGGUUAUAAAUAUCUUUUAGUAUUUGUAGAUACCUUCUCUGGCUGGGUAGAGGCAUACCCAACCAAGCAUGAAACAGCUCAGACGGUGGCCAAGAAGCUGCUCGAAGACAUCUUACCCAGGUAUGGUUUUCCUGCUAUGAUAGGGUCCGACAACGGGCCAGCCUUUAUUUCACAGGUAACACAGGUAGUAACCAGGGCUAUUGGGGCAAAUUGGAAAUUACAUUGUGCUUAUAGACCCCAGAGUUCAGGUCAGGUAGAAAGAAUGAACAGAACUCUAAAAGAGACCCUUACCAAAUUAACCAUGGAGACUGGUGGGGACUGGGUGGCUCUCCUACCAUAUGCCCUUUACCGGGUAAGGAACUCCCCUUACACCCUGGGCUUUACUCCCUAUGAAAUCAUGUUUGGCAGGCCACCCCCUAUCAUUCCUAACCUUAAAGCUGACCUUCUCGCUGAAUUUGAAAAUCAAGAACUAUCUCUUUCUUUGAGAGGGCUCCAGAAGGCACAUGAGGACAUUUGGCCACGCCUCCGCGCCAUCUACGAAGCCAGCCCAACCCCAACUCCUCAUCAGCACAGACCAGGAGAUUGGGUCUACGUCAGAAGGCACCGCCGGGAGACCCUAGAACCACGUUGGAAAGGUCCCUACACUGUGGUGCUGACCACCCCCACCGCUCUCAAGGUAGAUGGCAUCGCGACCUGGGUCCACCACACUCACGUGCGGUCAGCGGAUCCAUCCAUGACCCGGAAAGACUUCAUCACCAAAUGGAGCAUCGAUCGAGAUCAAUGCAACCCGCUCAAGCUCAAGCUACGGCGUGCUCGACCUGCCUGAUGCCGGUAACAUGACUUGCGAUCACUCCUGUCACCAGGAGCCCCCACAAUACUGUGUAAUACACGUAGAUAAUGCCUGCAUCUUCAUGGACAAGGCUCCAAAGAGACAAGGACA